GAUUGAAAGCGGUAAUAGCGAGAGCUGCGCUACUUCGUGACGUGUUUGUUUUAUUUUAAGCUAUGGUUUCUGGCAUUCAAACUAUUGAUACUAACCAUGAAGAUAUGAUACAUGAUGCUCAGUUGGACUAUUAUGGAACAACUCUAGCAACAGCUUCGUCCGAUCAUUCAGUUAAAGUAUUUGAUGUCCGUAACAAGAAACAAGUUCUUAUUGCUCACUUACGAGAUCAUCAAGGACCUGUUUGGAGUUUAAGUUGGUCCCAUCCUAUGUAUGGGAGUUUAUUGGCCUCUUGCGGUUAUGAUCGUAAGGUGAUUAUCUGGCAAGAAACCAAUGGACGAUGGGGAAAAGUCUUUGAAUAUGCUGAACAUGCUAGUUCAGUCAAUUGCGUUUGUUGGGCUCCUCAUUCUUAUGGACUAAUGCUAGCAUGUGCCAGUUCAGAUGGGACAAUCUCCAUCCUUAUAUCAGACGAAACGAACUCUUGGCGUGCCUUUCGAAUCCCAGAAGCACACUCCGUUGGUGUUAAUAGCGUGUCUUGGGCACCCUCCGUAAAUGCUGAAUUUAUAUUCAAUCCCACGUUGGCAACAACAACAACAUCAACAAAUACUAUGAUUCCUCCUAUCAAAAGACUAGUUUCUGGUGGGUGUGAUUCUUUAAUUAAAAUAUGGCGUGAAGAUGUUUCUUCUGGAAAUCCAGAAUGGAUCGAAGAAACUCGUCUAGAUGGUCAUACCGAUUGGGUACGUGAUGUUGCUUGGUGUCCAAGCUUGAAUAUUUCACGGCAAUUAAUCGCUUCAUGUGGCCAAGAUGGAAGAUUAAUAAUUUGGCAAUCGACAGCUAAUAAUGAUAAUAAUAAUGAAAAUCGUAUGAUGAAUCGAUCGACAGCAGUAAAUGAUAAUAAUAAUGAUAAUAAAAACCCAAAUUCUAAUGAAUUAGUAGAAUCGAAAGAUUUCCAGUCUACACAAUAUUCCACAUUUUGGCGUCCAACCAUUUUGUAUACAUAUUCCGAUGUUGUUUGGAAUGUUUCGUGGUCUGUAACUGGGAAUAUUUUAGCGGUAUCUGGAGGAGAUAAUAAGGUUACACUUUGGAAGGAAAAUUUAGAAGGAACCUGGAUUGCUUUAAGUGAAAUUGCACGUGGUGGUCAUGAUGCAUCCGCUUUAAUUGGAACUGAAGGGAAUAGUCAAACAUCAGAUCAAUCUACAACACAAUUGGCUGCUGCUUAACAGUUACCUAAUAGGAUCUGUGGGCGUGUGUGUAUACAUGCAUGUACUUAUGUAUAUGUAUUCGUGUGUCAAUGCUCUUGAUUCUUUGUCCUGUACACAACUGGUUCAUCAUUGCUUUUUAUUUCACAUUGCAAUCUAUACCUUCUGCCUUCCUGUGCUUCCACUGUUAAUGUAGUAAUAAUAUAAGUGAAGAUGAUUCAUUAUUAUAUUUAGUUAAAGCGUUUGCUGUUAACAUUUAUAUGUUGAAUGAAUAGUUAUUAUUCACUUUGUGAAAUUCUUCGGAAAUUUGUACGACUAUUUCUAAUUACUUCUUUCAAGGGAAAUAAAUAUUCAGCUAAAAACGUUCAUAUUUAUUUUAAACAUGUGUUCCACUUUUUUUCAUCUUGAAACUUAUCAAUUCUGAGUUAAUUUCUGUUAUACAGCUCGUUAAAAACUUUUUCCUCAGAAUGCUUGAGACCAACUUAUAGUUAGAUGUAAUCAAAGUGAUCUAACUAACAUAGAUACGUACAUAUGUAUUUAUGAGAAAUUACAUUGUGCUCAAAUUGCUA